GAAGUUCUUUAGGGCCAGUUAUAAGGUGUUGCUCUGUGUUGGAGCGCCCUCGCUGGAGUGUCCAAGGCCACACGGGUCACUGGGCUUGGACUUCUUCUCUGUCAUGGAUCCUCCAUCACUGCCAGACUGAUCCCUUCUUUAGAAAUCCCCAAGUUCCUGCCUUUGCUGAUUUGUAAUCCCCAAUGUGGAAAUGCCUGCCUUCUUUCUUUUCUCUGCCAAUUUGUGAACAUCACCAAUAUCAGGCUUCAUUUAGAUUUACCCCUUUUAAUACGCCUUCCCCAAUUAACUCUAUCCCUCUCUUAUUCCUCUGAAUCGUCUCUUAUACUCUUUGCAAUGGCUAAUUCUGUGGGGGUUUUUCCCCUCUAGUCUUUUCUGUACUUUUCUCCUACAUCUUUGGUGCACCUUUUCAAUUUUACGUCUUCACAUCUCCUACUGCAUUGCUGUAUGUAUUGAAGGUAAUAAAUAAAAUCUUUGUUGAAGAGAUGUAUGAAUUAGCAUGAUAGACAAAUUUAGUUUUCUUACACUUCUACAAAUGGGCGUAACAGUCAAGUUAUCAAUAAUUCUUUGGUGUUGUGAUUUUAGAAAUUCUUUAAUCACAUGUAAAACAAAUUGUUUACUUUUAUUUAUAUCUUCAGGCUCAAAAGAUACGUUCCUUGGAAGUCAUGUAGUUGAAUCCUCAGCCUUUAAAUAAGUGUCCCCAGUUAUUCCAGGGACAUGAGAGUCAGCUAUGUUUGAGAGACCUCCAGAGAAACAGGUUCCGUGCUUGUGUCAGUAACACGCCACGUGACAACACUCAGGGUAUCUCUCAUUGCCUUCUUACUGGGUGUGGCUCGCUUCCUCUGCCCCUUCUUUAUAGGACAGCAUACUUUUCAGUCUAUUUUCUAUUUUCAGUUCCACCUCCUACCCCUCCUACAUUCCCUAGGAGCACCUUGGGAGGCGGGGGUGCACCCAGCCAGUCUCGGGGCGCUUCUUCUCUUGUCUCUUCAUGAAUAGGCUAUUCUGCCACUGGUGUGGAUAAUUGUGAGCUGACUGUACUUUGAAUUUAUUUAGUGUUGGUGUCUAUCUUCAGAAUGCUUCUGUGUAAUCUUUCACUCCAGUCGUUUCUUUUUUAGGGGGAGCUGGGGUGUGACUCAGACCUCCAGAGGUCACUGCAUCCACUUCAGUCCCUGAGUCUUUUUUAAUGCUUUUCCCCAUGGACUACAGGUUUAAAAGAACUUGUUUGCCAGAUAAAUUGCAAUUAUUAAAUUAAUAAUUUGGUUUUUUUCCCCCCAUGUUUGUAUCAAUCCAGAUUUAACAGGUCAGCCAUAGUUAUAUUAUGAAAUAAUAUAAACUAGUGGAAUGAUUUUGAUGUUGCAUAUAGCUAAAUAAGUGGACACUUGCAUUGGGACUGGUCACACAGUUCGAGUUGUCUCUCUGCUCUUGCACUGAUGACAUAACAGACUGAAAUAAUUCUGUCCACAGGUCUUGGUUUCCCAGUUGUGUCCCCCAUCCCCAUCUCAGUCCUGGCUUCUGGUGUGCAUCAGCAUUACCGUUGUGAGAAACAGCCUUCCAGCCAGUGAACUCAAAGAUUCUUGGGCCUUCUUUUUAGUCUGUGCUCUGAAAAAACUCAUAGCCCUCAUGCCCGUGUUCAGCCAGGGGCAGCACGUUAUAAGACACUGCUCAAGAAUGUUCUCUAGGUGGAAGUCAGUUAUUUUUGGAAAGGGAGACCAUGGAGAAAUAGACUUCCUAAUUAAGAUUUUCUUUUUUAUUGAUGAAGUCAUGGCUGUCAAUGCUAGCAGUAAAAUAGUCUCUUAGAAUUAUAAUGCCCUGAAAUCCUCAGGCAGUGAGUCAUUCUGUCUAGCUGAGUUUUAUAAACAGUUUGUGAUUCACCCUUUAAAAUAUCAGAACAUAAGAAUUACAUACAUUUGUAUAUGUGCUUGUAUAUGCAGAUACUUAGCACCAGCAUCUCAUUCAUACUUGAUUGCAUAUCUUAAUGUAUUAAGUAUACACUUCAGUGUAUAUGGAACAAAAAGCUGAUGUUUUCUGCACCCAGAGUCAUUACCAUUUGAUCCAUUAAUGUCCUUAGGGUCUGUUGCGUGAGAUGAUUUUAGGUUACUAGGUUCUGUUCUCUUGACUGCUUUUUGGAGUUUUCUGUUGAACUCUCAACUGUCGCUUCCUGAUAGUUUUAAAGAGUUGUCUGUGAGUGGUUUAUUUCCUCCUCUUUUUCUGAUUUGCUACUUAGAAUUUUCCAGAGCACUGGAGCUAACAUCACCAAACUUGUUAGAUUUGAAUGUGAGAUAAAACAUAAAUAAACUCCAAAGAAGAAUCUGAGAGUAGAGGCCCUGCGGGUGAGUUGUGCCUGGAUAUAGACAUGUAGUUUGGCAGUUCAGGGGCGCUGGGCUCACUGGGCUCACUCUGGUUCUAGGCUUUGCUGUGGAUCUGUGAAUGAGCCAGACAAUUGAAUCCCAGACUCCUUUGCAAAGCCUGCAAAAUGAGGGCAUGGGACAGCGAUCCCUGAGGUCGCUUUGUCAUCAGUGUUCUGUGAUUCUGUGAUGUGGAAGGUGCUGUUGUGCCAGCUAAUGGGGUCUGGACAAGGACAGAGCAGCUGCGAAGAGAGAGAAAAUGACCGAGCCCAGCCCUUCUGCUCUUUCGCCGUGCAGCCAUGAACUGUGCCUCCUUUCUCCUAUAUUUAGCUCUUCCCCUGUGGGCCUGUGUGACUUCAGAAUGCAGUUGGCUACAAUAGCAUCACUGCGGCUCUGCUGGUGUCUCUGUAGAGCCAUUAAGGAUGAAAGGCAGAGGCAGUGGAGUCCCCCUGGGCAGGUGGACCGUGGCCCCUUGUGGUGUGGGAAGGGAGAUGGGCAGCCGACUCACACCCUGGCCUCCACCACUGGACCUUUUCUUUGCAAACAUCACAAGUUGCAGGAACGUUGUUGUGUUUAAACACAGAGGCCUUGGGCAGACUGGCACAGACUGGGGGGGCGGUUUACAGGCAGCUUUUUUCUUUCCCUUUUUCUCUCUUCCCUUCACUCAAUUUUUCUCUUUGGGAGCAGGCUUUCAGGAAUCUUUUGAUACUUUCCAGAAUGCCUUUUAUUUUUCACGAUUCUUCAUUGUUUUGUGUGAAACUUCGUUUUCAAAAGAAUUAAAUAGCUCCCAGUCACUGGGAGAAGUGUAAAGUAGAGAGCUUUAAUAACGUGGUUUGCUCUUUAUUAGGUGGUGAAUGAGAAAUGGCGCUCUUUAUGCUGAGGUAUAUUCUUGUGACACAAAGUCACGGAAAGGCGUUUUAACAACUUUAAACAAGGAAUUAUGCAGGGUAGUGGCUUGUCCCCAUAGACUGUGGAGCACUGUCUCUUGUCCAGGCAAAUCCAUCUGUAGCCUUCAGUGACACAGCUUUCUAAAAGAGAGUGAGGACUGGAGCAAGCACAGUGAUGUCCCUAAUGCUCCUUACUUUUGCUGGCGAUGUCCAUGAAGAAAAGCUGAUGCUGUUUAUUAUUAUUUAUGUCACUGCUGUUUCGCUGAUGGAACUGCUAGUGAAAGCCCAGUUUCCCUCUCCUGAGUUUUCCAUUUGUGGUACAGGCUGUGAAGAAGGCCCCAGAGACAGGGAUUCCAGCUCUGCCUGUUUCUUUGAAUGCUCUGGUUUCCACGGUAGCACAGCGGCAGGGUUUGCCUUCUUCUGGACCUCGUUGGCACUUAGAGACACUUAGAGCUGCUGGCCCGCAAAGGGCUGUCCCCAGUAUGACGAGACCCGGAGCUACACGGGAUGGCAAAGAGCACCAGAACUACUUUGGGAUAGAUGAAAACCUUGGCCCUGUGGCUGUCAGCAUCCGGAGAGAGAAGGUGGAAGAUGCCAAGGAGAAAGAAGGGUCUCAGUUCAACUACCGAGUGGCUUUCAGGACGAGUGAGCUUACCACCCUGAGAGGAGCAAUUUUGGAAGAUGCAAUACCCUCUACAGCCAGGCAUGGUACCGCACGAGGACUACCUCUCAAAGAAGUUCUGGAAUAUGUCAUUCCAGAGCUGAGCAUUCCGUGCCUGAGACAGGCUUUGAACUCACCCAAGGUCUCGGAGCAACUGCUCAAGCUGGAUGAACAAGGGCUGAGCUUUCAGCACAAGAUUGGGAUCCUUUAUUGCAAAGCGGGCCAGAGCACGGAGGAGGAGAUGUAUAACAAUGAGACGGCGGGACCAGCUUUUGAGGAAUUCCUUGAUCUUCUGGGCCAGAGAGUACGGCUGAAAGGAUUCAGUAAAUAUCGAGCUCAGCUAGACAAUAAAACUGAUUCUACGGGAACUCACUCCCUCUACACCACGUACAAAGAUUACGAACUCAUGUUCCAUGUGUCCACCAUGCUUCCCCACAUGCCCAACAAUAGACAGCAGCUUCUGAGGAAAAGGCAUAUAGGAAAUGACAUCGUGACCAUUGUCUUCCAAGAGCCUGGAGCACUUCCUUUCACUCCAAAAAGCAUCCGGUCCCACUUUCAACACGUCUUUGUCAUAGUCCAAGUGCAUAAUCCAUGUACUGAAAAUGUGUGUUAUAGUGUUGGAGUUUCUAGAUCAAAAGAUGUGCCACCGUUUGGUCCACCAAUUCCCAAAGGCGUAACUUUUCCAAAGUCAGCAGUAUUUCGGGACUUCCUUUUAGCCAAAGUAAUCAAUGCAGAAAACGCAGCCCAUAAGUCAGAAAAGUUUCGAGCGAUGGCCACUCGAACAAGGCAAGAGUACUUGAAAGAUCUGGCAGAGAACUUUGUCACAACCGCCACCGUGGAUACCUCUGUGAAAUUCAGCUUCAUUACACUGGGUGCAAAGAAAAAGGAGAAAGUAAAGCCAAGGAAGGACGCCCAUCUGUUUAGCGUCGGCGCAAUCAUGUGGCAUGUGAUAGCUCGGGACUUUGGCCAGUCUGCUGACAUUGAAUGUCUUCUUGGGAUCUCCAAUGAGUUCAUAAUGUUGAUUGAAAAGGAUUCCAAGAACGUUGUAUUUAACUGUUCCUGCCGGGAUGUCAUUGGGUGGACCUCUGGAUUAAUGAGCAUCAAAGUGUUUUACGAAAGAGGAGAAUGUAUCCUUCUGUCCUCCGUGGAUAACUGUGCCGAAGACGUAAGGGAAAUUGUUCAGCGAUUAGGAAUAGUGACGAGAGGCUGCGAGACUGUGGAAAUGACCCUGAGGAGGAACGGGCUGGGCCAGCUUGGCUUCCACGUGAAUUUUGAAGGAAUCGUUGCAGAUGUGGAACCUUUCGGCUUUGCCUGGAAGGCCGGCCUUCGCCAAGGGAGCCGCCUUGUGGAGAUCUGCAAAGUGGCCGUGGCCACUCUGACCCACGAACAGAUGAUCGACCUGCUCCGGACUUCCGUGACCGUGAAGGUGGUCAUCAUCCAGCCACACGACGACGGCUCGCCCCGGAGAGGGUGUUCAGAGCUCUGCCGGAUCCCCAUGGUGGAAUAUAAACUUGACAGCGAAGGCACCCCCUGCGAGUACAAAACCCCCUUCCGGAGGAACACCACGUGGCACCGGGUGCCCACGCCUGCCCUGCAGCCACUGUCCAGGGCCUCCCCCGUCCCCGGCACGCCCGACCGGCUGCAGUGCCAGCAGCUGCUCCAGCAGGCCCAGGCUGCCAUUCCCCGCAGCACCUCCUUCGACCGCAAGCUGCCCGAUGGCACGAGGCCAGGUCAAGAUGUUGACACUCCGCAGAUACCUCAGUGCCCUGUUAAUGACUCUAGUCAACAUUUCAGAAGUUCACCCAGCAACCAGUCAUCCUCCAGUGACCCCGGACCCGGAGGCAGCGGACCCUGGAGACCGCCAGUGGGAUACGAUGGGUGCCAGUCUCCCCUACUGCUCGAGCACCAGGGCUCAGGCCCUUUGGAAUGUGAAGGAGCCCGGGAGCGGGAGGACACCAUGGAAGGGAGCAGACACCCAGAAACCAAAUGGCAUGGCCCACCUUCCAAAGUCCUGAGUUCCUAUAAAGAGCGAGCCUUGCAGAAAGAUGGAAGCUGCAAAGAUUCCCCCAAUAAGCUUUCUCAUAUUGGAGAUAAAAGUUGCUCCAGUCACUCCAGCAGCAACACACUCUCCAGCAACACCUCCAGCAACAGUGACGACAAACACUUUGGGUCCGGGGACCUGAUGGACCCAGAAUUGCUGGGGUUGACCUACAUCAAAGGGGCCUCCACUGACAGCGGCAUUGACACGACCCCGUGCAUGCCUACCACAGUCCUCGGCCCCGUGCACCUGGCGGGCAGUAGGUCCAUGCUCCACAGUCGGGCGGAACAGUGGGCUGACUCUGCCGACAUCUCAGGGCCUGAUGACGAGCAGGCGAAGAUGUACGCGGUCCACAGCUAUGCGCCCGCCAUCUCUGCCGGCAGUGCUGCUGACGGCAGCAUGGGUGACCUCAGCGAAAUCUCUUCUCAUUCCAGUGGUUCACACCACUCAGGAAGCCCUUCGGCUCACUGUUCCAAAAAUUCCGGCUCUCUGGAUACGUCCAAAGUCUAUAUCGUGUCUCACAGCAGUGGUCAGCAGGUCCCAGGGUCCAUGUCCAAGCCCUACCACAGACAAGGGGCAGUGAACAAAUACAUCAUCGGCUGGAAGAAAUCAGAAGGCAGCCCACCACCUGAGGAGUCCGAAGGAACUGAAUGUCAGGGGCUGUACGGUGAAAUGGAUCUCAUGGCCACGGCCACUCAGCAUCAGACUGUGGUGGGAGAUGCUGUUUCAGAAGCUCAACACGUUCUGUCAAAAGAAGACUUUCUGAAAUUGAUGCUCCCUGACAGCCCCUUGGUAGAGGAGGGGAGAAGAAAGUUUUCGUUCUAUGGGAACCUGUCUCCGCGACGGUCACUGUACCGCACCCUCUCUGAUGAGAGCAUCUGCAGCAAUAGGAGGGGCUCUUCCUUUGGCAGUUCCCGGAGUUCCAUACUUGACCAGGCCCUGCCCAAUGACAUUCUGUUCAGCACCACGCCGCCCUACCACAGCACCCUGCCUCCCCGGACUCACCCUGCGCCCAGCAUGGGGAGCCUGAGAAAUGAGUUCUGGUUCUCCGAUGGGUCCUUAUCGGAUAAGUCCAAGUGCGCAGAUCCUGGCCUGAUGCCCCUCCCGGACACGGCCACGGGGUUAGAUUGGUCCCACCUCGUGGACGCUGCUCGGGCAUUUGAAGGUCUUGACUCAGAUGAAGAACUUGGGCUGCUCUGUCACCACACGUCCUAUCUAGACCAGAGAGUGGCAUCCUUCUGCACCCUGACAGACAUGCAGCACGGGCAGGGCCUGGAGGCAGCCCAGGAGCUGCCUCUGUGUGUAGAUCCAGGCAGCGGCAAAGAUUUCAUGGACGCAACUGGGGAGCAGUCUCCAUCAACACUGACCGGUAAAGUCAAUCAGCUGGAAUUGAUUCUUCGGCAGCUGCAGACCGACCUUAGGAAGGAGAAGCAGGACAAGGCCGUUCUCCAGGCUGAAGUGCAGCAUCUGCGACAGGACAACAUGCGGCUGCAGGAGGAGUCCCAGACGGCGACCGCUCAGCUGCGGAAAUUCACGGAAUGGUUUUUCAACACCAUCGACAAAAAAUCGUAACCAGUCCGCCCCACCAAGGGACCAUUGGGAAAUACCUAGAGUCCCUGCAAAGUUGCAAACGUGUGGUUUUUAGUUAUGCUUUCAGCCAAUCGUAGCUGUCCUUGCUAUUCCACUCUGUCCAGCACCACUCACCCCGGCAGGAUAGGCCGCCGCGACGCUUUCUUGGUACCAUCUUGUGAUAGCGGAGAGCAAGGCUGACGUGAAGAUGAAGAUGAAUGUAACUCCCGGUGUCGAGAUGAAUGUAAACCCCGGUGUCGUGUAGACCUUUUCCUUUCAGACUCUACUCCAAUGGUGCUCUGGUGUGGGCUUACCUCAAGAGGGAAGAGAGUUGGGUUAAUUCCCUAUAUAUCAGGUGACCUGGUAGAGAUGUUAAAGCAAUUUACCAUAGUUUGGGCUUUAGUAUUGUAAAAUAAACAUGAAAACAAAUAAUCAGACAUAUACUUUAAUGUUAAAGGUGCUCUAUUUUUUUGGAUGUACAGUAGUUUUAUUUCCACAGCCACAUUAUCAUAGCAAUAAGAAAGAGGCAUAGUAAAUAGUGGGAAAAGCUGUGUUGGGAAAAGCACUGAUGCGUUUAACACUAGUUUGAAUGCAGUUACUACUUUAGAGACUUAUUUAUUUGCAGGAGCAAACGGUGCCUGAAUAUUAACAGUGUUCUGAUUUAAAAAAAGAUACAUAUGCCUUGUAAAUGGCUCACUAAGUAGUCACUUCAAGUCUUCGUUCACUUUUGUAUAGUUACCGCUCUGCCGAGAGAGAAUAAAUCCGCUUCCUUCCCAGGCCUCUGCCGUGUGUGAGCCAGCAGAAUUAAGUGUACAAUGCCAAAUUUGUUUAUCUUUGUACAGAAGCUUUGAUGAAGUGUCUUGUAUUUAACACCCUUAUUUAAGCUUAUUUAACCUGAAAUUGUUAAUUUUAUAAACUUGGUUUUACCUGCACUAUGAUGAGAGAGGUGUAGCGGGCAGCAGGCUCAGGAAAGGCUGGGCUUGCCCAGGAAAGUCGCAGGAGCAGGGCGGGGAAUUCUAACAACUGGAUGCUGCUAGUAACAAUUUGUUUGUAUUGCUUUACCAUUUUUAACUGUUCUAUUUGAGAUGAACGUACAUUUUGCUUUUUUAAUAAAUGUUUAAAAGAGUCCACAUAAGUAACGGUGUUGUCAGGCGAAUAUAGAUUUUUAUGAUCUAAUAUGUCAACAAGCUAAGUGUAUGUGAAUUUACUUUGGGUCAUUUAGGAUCUUGAUCUGUAUUAAACACUGCUUAGCCUUCUUCUUAUAGAA